AUGGCCAACCCGGUGCAGCCUCCGUUUCAAGACCCAGGCUCCACCUCGCCCCUGGAGCUGCCCGAGAUGGAGAAGCUUCUCACCAAAGUGGAGAACAAAGAUGAUAAAGCCCUGAAUCUGUCCAAGUCCCUGUCAGGGGCUCUGGACCUGGAGCAGAAUGGCCACAGCCUGCCCUUCAAGGUCAUCUCUGAGGGGCACCGCCAGCACUCCCUCCCUGGCUCCCCUUCCCGGGCCAGCUCCCGACGAGCAUCCUCUGUUGCCACCACCUCCUAUGCCCAGGAUCAAGAAGCCCCCAAAGAUUACCUGAUCCUUGCCAUUGCCUCUUGCUUCUGCCCGGUCUGGCCCCUCAACCUCAUUCCCCUCAUCUUUUCUAUCAUGUCUCGAAGUAGCGUGCAGCAGGGGGACAUGGAUGGGGCACGGAGACUGGGGCGCCUGGCACGGCUGCUCAGCAUCACCUUCAUCAUCCUGGGCAUCGUUAUCAUCAUUGUGGCUGUCACUGUCAACUUCACAGCCUGGAACAAUUGGGGUCUCUGCAUCAGGGAACGGCUUAGCUGGAACAUUCUUCCAUUUGGGCAAGAGAAACCCGAGAGCCUUCCCGUGGUUCCAGAAACACAGCCUAGAGGUUCCCGGGUGUUCCCUGGGCAGAAGGGAGCACAGGGCAGGAGGAGAGAGCCACUGGGAUGGAAGAAGACUGAGAAAGGGAUCUCUCACAACCCGGUUCCCACGAAGCUGGAAGGGACAGGGGUGCUGCUGUCCCAACACUGUCUCGGUUCAGGGCCAGCUGCAUGA